UCAGCAUGCACACCGAAGGCAGAUGAGCGCUUGUGCUAAAACAAUUCACCAUUCUACCUUUUAGCUUGCUGUCAGUAAACAGUCUGUGGGACGUAGAUGGUUUUAUGCAGAAUAAGUCAAUUAUGUGAAGCAUACAAAUAUUAAUAUUGGAAUUAUAGUGCUUCAAAGUUACAUCUUGAUGAAUGGAUCUCUUUUUAUUAGCUCUAGCAGCUAGCCUGUUAGCUUUCCGCUGAACUCUACUACUUAACCGACGACGCUCAACUUCCUGUAGGCGUGAGAAUCACGAAAGACCGCGGUCUCGCGGGCCUCAUCGGGGCUUGUGUUUCUGGAGUAGCCAGCGGGUCUGGUAAACUUGAGCAGAAUGGCAGACAGUGUCAGUCUUCAGUUUGUGAGCCCAUAUGCAUUUGAGGCCAUGCAGAAGGUAGAUGUGGCCAGACUAGCAGCUUUAAGUGACCCAGAGCUGCGACUCCUACUGCCCUGUCUGGUGAGGAUGGCUCUGUGUGCCCCUGCAGAUCAGAGUAACGCCUGGGCACAGGACAAGAAGCUAAUCCUGCGACUGCUGUCAGGGGUGGAGGCGGUAAACUCCAUUGUUGCACUGCUGUCUGUGGAUUUCCAUGCUCUGGAGCAGGACGCUAGAAAAGAGCAGCAGCUGAGGCAUAAGGCUGGUGGCUCUAAUGGCGAGAGCAUCCUGGUCUCUCAACUGCAGCAUGGUUUGACUCUGGAGUUUGAGCACAGUGAUCCUCUCAGGAGACUCAGACUGGCUCUUAGUGAGCUGCUGGCCAUUAUGAACAAGCUUGCUGACUCUAAUGGCGAGUUUUUCCUCAAGUCCUCUGAGUUGUUUGAGAGCCCCGUGUACCUGGAGGAAGUGGCCGAUGUUCUUUGCAUCCUACAAGCAGAGCUGCCUUCUUUGCUGCCCAUCACUGAGGUGGCCGAGGCCCUGCUUCACGUGCGGAAUGGAGAGUGGUUCCUGUGCCUGCUGGUGGCAAAUGUCCCAGACAGCUUCAGUGAGGUGUGCAGGGGUUUGAUAAAGAACGGAGAACGGCAGGAUGAGGAAAGCGUGGGUGGGCGACGCAGGACAGAAGCUCUCCGGCAGCUGUGUCAGAUGAACCCUUCUCAGGCUCUGAACAUCAGGGCCAUGGUGGUGGAAGAGUGUCAUCUUCCAGGUCUGGGCGUUGCUCUAAUUCUAGACUACAAGCCAGACACGGCAGAUGAGGCGGUCAGUCCUCUUGUGUCUUAUGUCAGCGGCCUACUUCUGGGCACCAAUGGAAAAGUGCGUACCUGGUUCAGUAUGUUCAUUCGCAAUGGUCAGCAGAGGAAAAGAGAGAGCAGCUCAGUGCUGUGGCAGAUGCGGAGGCAGCUGCUGUUGGAGCUGGUGGCCAUCUUACCCCGUUCCCGCAGUACCCAUGUUCCCAACGACAGUGACAUGGACUCAGAGAGCAGCUCGGGGUACUCUGGCCUGCGGGAGGAGCAUGUGGUGAAGGCCAGUGCGCUGCUGCGGCUCUAUUGCGCACUUAUGGGGAUUGCUGGUCUUAGGCCCACAGAUGAAGAGGCGGAGCAACUGUUGCAGUUGAUGACCAGUCGUCCACCAGCCACACCUGCAGGAGUGCGCUUUGUCUCCCUGUCCUUCUGCAAACUGCUGGCGUUCUCUACCCUCGUCAGUACUCCAGAACAGGAGCAACUGAUGGUAAUGUGGCUCAGCUGGAUGAUAAAAGAGGAGGAGUAUUUUGAAAGUGCCGCUGGUGUCUCUGCCUCUUUUGGAGAGAUGCUAUUACUGGUUGCAAUGUAUUUCCAUAGCAACCAGCUCAGUGCCAUCAUCGAGCUGGUUUGCUCCACUCUUGGGAUGAAGAUCGCCAUCAAACCCAGCUCACUGAGCAAAAUGAAGACCAUUUUCACUCAGGAAAUCUUCACAGAACAGGUGGUCACAGCACAUGCUGUGCGAGUGGCCGUUACUAAUAACCUCAGUGCCAACAUCACAGGAUUCCUCCCCAUCCACUGCAUAUACCAGCUCCUGAGGAGCAGAGCCUUCACCAAACACAAAGUGUCCAUAAAGCGCAUCGCCCGGCUGAUCAGAAUGUUUCCUCACAAUUACAUCGUCAGCCUUAAAGACUGGAAUCUGCCUCCUCUAGAGUCACGCAUCGCCCGGCUGAUCAGAAUGUUUCCUCACAAUUACAUCGUCAGCCUUAAAGACUGGAAUCUGCCUCCUCUAGAGUCAAUUAACUCCAUCCUGACCCCUGCUUCCAAGACCAACCCUGAGGCCACCAACCAGCCAAUCACAGAGCAGGAGAUCCUUAAUGUUUUCCAGGGCUUGGCAGGGGGAGAUGGAGGGAAAGUCCGUUCUCAGUACACCAUCACCACCCAGUUGCUCAUUCUCUAUUACAUCCUUUCGUAUGAGGAAGCUCUGCUCGCGAAUACAAAGACGUUGGCACUUAUGCAGAAGAAACCAAAAUCCUACUCUCCUGCCCUCAUGGACCAGAUUCCCAUUAAACACCUCAUUCGCCAGGCCCAAGGACUGCAGCAGGAGCUGGGAGGCUUACAUUCUGCUCUUCUGCGUCUACUGGCCACAAACUAUCCUCACCUGUGUAUGGUGGAGGACUGGAUCAGUGAAGAAGAAGUGACUGGUACUCUGCCUUUACUGAGGAAGAUGUUGCUGACAUCCUCAUCCUGCAAAUACUCACAGACACAGCUACGAGAAGCUUUCCAGAAUGUUCUCUCCGGUGGGCCCAGGCUGCUGCGUAUCCUGGAGCACCUGACGCUGCUCUCUGCGGGAGAUCUGAUCCCAUACGCAGAGGCCUUGACUGCCAGCAUGGGGCUGCUCUUAGAGGACGGCGUCUCUCGCAGGAUCCUACAGACUGUUAGCAAACUCUGGAUGGUACUUAAUACAGUCAUGCCACGCAAGCUGUGGGUGAUGACGGUAAACGCUCUGCAGCCUUCAGUAAAGCUCCUGCGGCAGCAGAAAUACACUCAGAAUGAUCUGAUGGUGGAUCCUCUCAUCGUCCUGCGCUGCGACUCCAGAGUCUUCAGGUGUCCUCCACUAAUGGACAUCACUCUUCAUAUGCUGAAUGGGUACCUGUUGGCAUCUAAGGCCUACUUGAACGCUCACCUGAAAGAGACGGCUGAAUUUGAGCGAUCAAACCUUGGGCUGAGUGGCCAACCUGAUACCCCUGAGGUCACAAGAGAGGAGCUGAAGAACGCUCUGCUGGCUGCUCAGGACAGUGCAGCGGUGCAGAUCUUGCUGGAGGUGUGUUUGCCGUCCCCUCAGGAGGAGCUGCAGCUGGGAGGAGGUGGAGGAGCAGACAGCCUGUUGAGGAGCGUUCAGUCUGCUCCAGGUAUUCCCAUGCGGAAGCAGGUGGGCGACGCGGGGGCUGGGCGGGGGGCCCAGGGGGAGCGCGAGGCAGAGGGCGGGCUGCUCAGUGACCUGAGGGAAGUGCAGUGUCUCAUCUGCUGCCUACUGCACCAAAUGUUCAUCGCAGACCCCAACAUUGCCAAACUAGUACACUUUCAGGGUUAUCCGCAGGCUUUGCUGCCUCUGACGGUGGCAGGAAUUCCUUCCAUGCACAUCUGUCUAGACUUUAUCCCAGAACUCCUCACUCAGCCGCAGCUGGAGAAACAGAUCUUCGCCAUACAGCUGUUGUCCCAUCUGUGCACCCAGUACGCCCUGCCCAAAUCCCUCAGUGUGGCACGUCUUGCCAUUAGUGUGAUGGGCACCCUCCUCACAGUGCUGACCCGUGCCAAGCGCUUUGCAUUUUUCAUGCCGACGCUGCCAUGCCUGGUUUCAUUCUGCAAGGCUUUCCCCCCACUCUUUGAUGAUGUCAUGUCCCUGCUGGUUCAGGUGGGUCAGGUGUCUGCUGCUGAUGUCACCACCAAGGCCAGAGAUAUUGACCCUCUCAUUGCCAGGCUCCAGUAUCUGAGACAGAAGCCACAGGAAAUACCGCUAUCAGAAUCCAAAUGCUCUCUACGCAAGAGGUCUGCAGAGGACCUGGGGGGAGCCGAUCCUGAUGUACAGCUGUGCUAUCACAUAGAGGCCACCUUCAUGGACAUCAUCAGCUCCAGCACACAGGCACUGUGACAACACAAACAGACAAAUAGAAAUGUUUUUGAAUGAGUUUUUGUCCCAUGUAAAGUUUAAGCCUCAUGUUACAGAAAUCUGCUUAUGCACAUGCAAAGCAGUAUAAUGAUAGAUGACUUACAGCUGUUGGACUAGUGCUGGGACCAUUUCAGUUUAAAGUCAGUCCACUUAAAACACUGAACAUGAAUUUUCUCCUCCAUUUUGGCAUACCACAAGUUAUGAAAACAUCUGGAAUGAAGGUAAUGAAAGAAAUUCUAAUUUGAUAUAGUUUUACGUAAACUGUACUUAUAUGGUAUAAAUGGUCAAAUCAUGGGGUACCAUUUUUCAAAACAAAGAACGAGAUGUACUGAAAGAUAAAAAUAUAGAUUCCAUAUUCUGUUGCCAGCCAAAACCACCAUCUAUAUUUGACUCAAAACAACGUUCGACUUUCCAGGAAGCGUCUUUUAAGUCUUAAGUGAAUUGGACUUUCAUUCUUAGGCCUGUCCUGAAGGAUUGGAGUAAUUCUGGUCACAAAGCAGCUUGCUGUAGAUAUAGUAGAAGGCAUUUUCUAAAUAGCGUGUUAGUUAAGUGUGUAUUUGAGUAUGUGACAAAAUGUGUGUCCAGGGCACUUAGCAGUGAUAUUAUUGGUCUGUUUUCUAGACCACCAUUUCAAAGAGUAUUUUCUUGGCUCAAUUUCACCGUUUGUUGAAGCGUGACGUAUGAUUUUUGUUUGUUACCUUGGUUUUGUAUACAUGUCAAUCUUAUGUUUUGAAC